CAACCCAGACCAGAGGCGUCCCCACAUCAGCUCUCUGCACUUGGCCUCGGACUCGAUGAUUUGUGGGGACACUCAGUAGCUGUGUCGGCCAGAGGAGGUGUGAGGAGCACACCUGUAGAGUUCUGCUGUUUGGUGUGAAGCCUCCUGAAGGAAGAAGAAGAGGAAGAAGACGGGGCAGACAUCUAACCUGGACCUCGUCCACCUCCUCUUGGGCUCGGUUGAUCCCUGCUGUGUGUAGGGGGGGGGGGAUUCUGCCCAACGUUUCUGGAUCUUGCAGCUUCUCCAGCCACCACGCUGCUCUGCUGCAGACUGGACCCAGCGCUCGCUGUGAGAACCAGCAGGAGCGAGCAGGCAGGGCACAGAAAACAGACAAUAUUGCCAUCCAUCUCUCUGAACCCUGCAGCCCACCCUCAGCUUUGGACGCCCCUCCUCUCUGCCUCUUCUUUUGCCCCCUGUGCCCCCCUCCUCCUCUGCACCUCACCCCCCAACAGAGCAGAAAGCGUGAAAAAUCUCACUAAUGGGUUUAUUUGCUGUCAGAUCUGCGCCGAUCUGUCAUUCCCUUGGACCAUUCCUCUUGACACAUUUCAUAGUUGAGUAAGCCUCCUGGCUCUGUGUCUAGAGUUAACAGUGCCCCUGCAACGUCGUGCUGGCUGAGCGCUCAUCAAGAGGGGAGCAAACGGCGGCAGCAGUCAGUCUUGACAGUCUCUUGGACGGGGAGUCCCUGCAGCUGCAUUCCUCUGGUCUCCCUCUCCCUGGUGGGACUUCCAGUGUUUGUGUUGAGCCUCGCAAGGCAUCCUCAGCUUCUGUGCACUCACACGACCGCUCCGUCACAUAAGAUUCAGGCUCUUUCUGCAGGGUGCGGAUCGAAGGAGUGUGAAGAUGUGGUGUGGGGCCGGGCCUCUGGCGGUGCUGGCUGCAGUGUUUUGGACUCAGUGCGUCCUACUGGAUGGGGUGGAGGCCAAGAAGGAGAGAAAGAGGCCAAAGGAGGCCACGCCACAACACACAGAGGCAUUCAAUGCAACUCUCUCCAACAGCGAAGAGGUCGGUGGAAGCAUCAAGCAGGUUUCUGAACACCAGAGAGUCGACCCACUGGGAUCAUGGAUGGACUUUGUCAAAAGACCUGUUGGCAACUUCCCUGGAAAGUGUCGCAAACGCAAACGUCCCCUGCCGGGCCCACCUGGUCCUCCAGGUCCUCCCGGACCUCAGGGACCUCCUGGCUCUCCUGGGGCCGAAGUGACCCAGGAAGUUCUUCUCCAGGAUUUCAAGGAGAUGAUUAAAGAGGCUACAGAGAGGAGAGCAGCAGCACUUGACAGACAGACCAGCCCCAGCCAGCUACCGACAGCCCUCCUCACUCUGGAGGGGAUGACCCCCUACCGGCGAAUAGAGGAGGCUUUCCACUGCAAGCUCAAGGGACCUGUGGUGGUGGACAAGAAAACGCUGGUGGAGCUCCAGAACUUUCAGACACCGCCUGCUAAAGGAGCCUUCCUCAGAGGGUCAGGAAUGGACCAGUCUACUGGGAGAUUCACAGCUCCCAUCACAGGGAUCUACCAGUUCUCUGCUAACGUCCACAUCGACCACAACGAGGUGAAGAGGAGCAAGAGUCAGCUGAAGGCCAGGGACAACGUCCGGGUGCUGAUCUGCAUCGAAUCCCUCUGCCACAGAUACACCUCAUUGGAGAUGAUUGUUGGACUAGAGAGUAACAGCAAGAUAUUCACGGUCAGCGUGCACGGGCUGCUGGAGCUACAGGCCGGGCAGUACACAUCCAUAUUCGUGGACAAUGCAGCUGGUGCCUCCAUUACAAUACAGAACGGUUCAGAUUUCAUGGGCAUGCUGCUUGGUGUAUAGCCUCUCCCACGAACAGGGCACCAUCCAAGCCGUUCCACUGCUGCCCCUUUUAUUUUUUCAUUUCCACGGAUUGAUUAAGAGCACCGCCACACAGUGCCCGACCACAGGGGAGGUUCGAAGGAAGCCAGGCUGACACUGACUUGACUGCUUGUCGGAUGUUGAAGGACAAUGUGGAGAACUCAAGGACUGAGUUCUCUACGGUGCACUGUGACUCCCCUGAGGAACUUGGUUGCCGGUUGCUUCACCAAUAAAAUAACCUGUAUGUAAAGCAGUGAACACGUCUUUCACGGUAUAUUUUUCAUGGUUGUUGAACACCUUUGCAGUAGCCCAAACCAAAAAUCCACGUUUUUGUGUGUUCUCUGUGUAGAUGUCAGCUGGAGAACAUGAACGAAUACAUGUCUGUGUUUGUGUAUACUGACAAGUUAAUGUUUUCUCUUGUAUACACGCACAUGAACCAUUCUUAUUAUUAUCAUGGGUUCAAUUUUACAUUUAAGUUAUAUAGUACAUAGACUCUGUGAGUACACUGGACAAUGGAAAUGCCCCACCAACAGAAUGUGGACGUAGAUAAGUUAUAGAUCACAUAUGUAAUUACACAUUUUGUAACAUAGCUUUCACUGCAUUUUUAACAACGUUAGCAGCGUGGCUAGUCGGUUGCCCCACCAUUUUGGUCCAGACCGAAACAGCGCAACAUGUAUAAGACGAAUUGAAGUGAGACUUUGUACAGAUUUUCACAGUUUCCAGAGGAUGCAUCCUACUGACUAUGGUGAUGCGCUGACUUUUUAUUUAGCCUCCCCAUCACACUCGUGGUUUGGAGUGAAGUAUCUCAUGUAUUAGGUGGAUUGCCAAAUUCACGUUUCCCUUUAAGAGGAAUUGUAACGAUAUGUUAGCAUGCCAACAUGCUAAAAUGAGAUGGUAAAUAUUACGUCUGUGAAAUAUCAGCAAUGUCUCAAUUAAGGGGGUUGAUCCUUUGGAGGACGCAGUCUAUCCGGUCCACAAAGACUGCCUCCUUCAUGGGCCGGGUAGACCGUAAACCGAACAGAAAGGAGACGGUGUAGUCUACAGGGGCUUUCCUUGAUGAGCUGCCAUUACCUCUUUAAAAAAUGGUUUGUCACCGAAGCACAAUGAAUCAUGGAUAUAGACUGGGUCAGGAAGGUUUCUUCUUUUUGGAGCCUUCGUUUCGCGGGGAUGAAAAGACGCAUUUGAAGGAGAAUGGGGAAGUCUCGCUCUUCAAAUGCAGCCUCCAAAGAAUGCAACCCCCCGAAUUGAGACACAGCUCUCAGCGUGUUAGCAUUUGGCUGACGUUACAUUUAGCUCAAGGAACUGUCGUGUCAAAGUUCAACCUCGUGAAGCCGCUAGCAGAGCUGUUAGCUCGUAUGGCGUAAUCACAUUACGGUGGAAAAACCAGGCUGUUGCUCUGCGUGUUGUGCAUUAGAUAAACCUUUAAGAUGGAUGACAGGACAGCUACCAAAAGUGAAGCCAAAACAUUUUGAUGGCCCCCUGGCGGCUGGCUGUGGUACAGGUCAGUUAGCAGACAGGACAAUCUCCAAAGAUUGGUCCUGUUCUUUUAGGUAGUUCUCAUCACACUGACGUAUGUUUGAGUGCUCGAGGCGAAAUGUCAUGAUCGACAGCUGACACUGACUCGAUUGGUGUGGCAGGUGUAACGGUGGGACUUUGAUACUGUCAGUGCAAGAUGGCUGCCCCCCGGAUCUGUGGGAUUUCGGCUUCAUUUUUGUGCAAUGGGAAUAAGUGGAGAUCAUCAUUUACAGUCUAUGGUGCCAGCUAAGCUGCAGUUCCAAUGCUGCUAACAGAGGAUAAAUUCAAGCUGCUCGAGCAGUGUUUUUGUAACAAACUUCUCGCUGCAUCUGCGUUUAUGUUCCUCCAAGGUAACAUCUUUUUGUCUGGGCUUGUUAUGAGACCAGUGUUUUAUUGCAAUUUUCUGGAAAUACAGAAACCACAAGUGAUUACAAAUUCCUCAAUCUUUCAUUGUAAACAGCAGUAAAGAUCAGUGCAGCUCAGCUAUGAGUUCAACAAAUGUGAACUUUUGGUACAGCCACUCCACCAUGGACAUUUGCGCAAGAGCUGUUUUUCCAGGAUGAUGUGAAUACACCUUUAGUCUUGUUAAACUGCGUCAGACCGAUCUGCAUACACCUAUCGACUGUAAGACAGCUGUAUGAGAACAACUCAAGUUUCUUUUUGCAGUUCCUUCUCUGUUGUCAUUUAUUAAAACUGUAUCUUAUUCUUUUUCUUAACAUUUAAAUGUUUGUAAUUUAUCAUAACUGAUGUACCAGUAACAUUGGAAAGCAGUUGAAAUUUGAUAUGGUAUUUAUGUUUGAGAAUAUGUAUCAGUCGUGUGUUGAUUUACACUCCUGUGGACUGUUGAGACCACAGAUUAUUACGAGAAGAAAAUGAUGUGUCUUUGCUAUUUUUUUAUUACCCAUUAUAUUCUGUCAUUUCAAAUUAAACUCUUCAGAAACAUUG